AUGGCAGAAGACCUUUUACCACCACCAAAUGGAGGAGAGACUUUAGAAGAAGUUAGUUGUGAAUGUUUUGAUGAACUAACUUCCAGGUUAUUUUUCACAAAGAUUCAAGUUGAUGACAAUUAUUGUUUUGUGAUGCAUGAUCUGUUGCAUGAUUUAGCAGUAUUCCUUGCUGGAGAUUUCUAUUGCAACUCAGAAGAACUUGGUAAAGAGGAUAUGAGUAUUCAGACUCGACAUUUGUGUGUAAAUUUACAUCAUUGUAGCUCAAAACUUCAAAAUUCUAUUUCUAAAGUAAAAUCUUUGAGAACAUUAUUAUUCUUUGGCGAAUUCUCCUCUCCCAACUUCAACAUUGAAAUGGCAACGUGUGACAUAUUAUCAAAGUGUAAAUAUUUGAGAGCUUUAUCCUUUCAUGAACUUGACGUGUUGCCUAAUUCAAUAGGAGAAUUAAUCCAUCUGCGCCACUUGGAUCUCUCUCAUAGUUAUAUUAAGACAUUGCCUGAGUCUUUGUGCAACUUGUGUCAUUUGCAAACAUUGAAGUUGUAUUGUUGUUAUAAGCUAACUAUGUUGCCUAGUGGUUUCCAUAAUCUUUUGAGUUUGCGGCAUCUUGAUAUUAGAGAAACUUCUUUAAAAGAAAUGCCUGGAAAAAUGGGCAAAUUGAAUCAAUUGCAUGUUUUAAGUUCCUUUGUGGUCGGCAAGCUCGAAGACAAUGGAAUCCAAGAGUUAGGAAGGCUUGUAAAUCUUCAUGGAUCCCUUGAGAUUAAGAAGUUGGAGAAUAUUGUUGAUGUGAAAGAGGCAAAGAGCGCAAAGUUAAUGGAUAAGAAGCACAUGGAUAAAUUAUGCUUGGAAUGGUCUUCAGGCGAUGAUAUGGUUUCAAACACACAAAGAGAAAGAGACAUGCUCGAUAACUUGCAACCGCACAAUGGCUUGAAAAAGCUGAAAAUCAAGGGAUACAAGGGUACAAUAUUUUCAAAUUGGGUUGGGAAUUUUUCCUACCAAAAUAUGAUAAGUGUAUCUCUAGAGUCUUGCAACAAUUGCUGCAUGCUGCCUUCACUUGGACAGCUGCCAUCUCUGAAGUCCUUAAGCAUUCAAGGUUUCGGUCAGCUCAGGAGUAUUGGCGAUGAGUUUUAUAAGAAUGACGGAGGUCAUCAUUCUUCGCCUAUUGCGCCGUUUCCCUCACUGGAGAGUUUGAAGUUUGAUAACAUGCCAUGUUGGGAGGUGUGGCACUUAUCUGAAUCGGAAACUUUUCCUCAAGUUAGGAAGCUUCAAAUAAGAAAUUGUGCAAUGUUAAAGGAAGAGGUUCUUAAUCAGGUAUUCUUGAGAAUCAUUUCUUCUUUGUCGGAUGUUUCCAAAGUUCGCAAACUACGUAUACAACAUAGUUAUGUAGAAUGGCCUAAUGAGGGCAUGUUUCUUGAUGGGGAUAAUUUAUCAAUUUGGGGAUGUGAAUCUGUGAUUGAGUCUGCAUUUAAGACAAUGAUCAGCAUCCGCCUUCUAAGUUGCCUCCAAGAAAUAAACAUCUCAGGGUAUUCCUCUGAUGCAUCCUUUCCGGGCAAUUGUUUUCCCAAAUCUUUGCAAAAGCUGAAAAUCCGGAGUUGCAGAAAACUGGAAUUCCCGGAACAACAGCAGCACAAGUAUGGUUUGGUAGAGCUACGAAUACACGACAGCUGUGAUUCACUGACCUCAUUGUCGUUGGAUGCCUUUCCCAGCCUCAAGACUCUCAAGAUAUCAGGGUGUGAGAAUCUGGAAUCAGUUUCAAUGUCGGAGCCACCCCACGCUGCUUUUCAGCGUCUCACCAUCCAUAAUUGCCCCAAAUUAGUGUCAUUUCCAGAAGGACUGGCUGCGCCCAACUUGACUCGUCUCCAUGUUAGCAGGUGCUCAAACAUGGAGGAAUUGCCGAGUGACCUUAACAGUCUUGUGCCAAAUUUACAGUCUCUUGACAUACGAGGUUGCCCAAACAUUUGUAGGUUGCCAGAGCAUGGUUUGCCGCCUAACCUGAAAGAGCUUACUAUAGGAGGUUGCGAGCAACAAGUGAGGGAUCUAUCAUGGUUGGACAACUUGAACAACCUCACUCAUCUCACCGUUGAUGGUCGUGGCUGUGAGAGCAGAAUAAAGUCAUAUCCAGAGACGGGUUCGCUGCCUCGCCUUCCCUCUCUUACCACUUUGGAGAUGAGUUGGCUUUAUAAUCUGGAGACGUUAGAAUGCUACGAGCUUCUUCGCCACACCUCCCUCCAACAAUUACAAAUUUUAUAUUGUCGGAAGCUGGAGAAUAUGGCAGGAGAAAAGCUGCCUUCCUCUCUCUUACAGCUUGAAAUUACAGAGUGUCCAUUGCUGGGAGAACAUUGCAAGAACAAACAUCAACAAAUUUGGCCCAAAAUUUCCCACAUUCCCACCAUUCUAGUUGAUGGCGUACAAAUUCUCUGA